AAUCCCAACCUUUCUUCUCACAGAAAAUCUGAGAAUUUAAAAAAAAAAAGGCAAACCCUCUCUUUCUCUCGUUCUCUGAUUCUUUCUGUCGUGUUCAGUCUUUAUAGUCGGCCUCCGUCCUUUGAUCAUCUACUCUUCCCAAAUAUACAAAGAAAAUACUGGGGAAUUGCUAGACACUUGACAAUAAAGAUUUUGCCAUGAUGGGGAAGGGUUCUAAGACUAACUGCAAAUCAGCUUCUCACAAGCUUUUUAAGGACAAAGCCAAAAACCGAGUUGACGAUCUUCAAGGCAUGUUCAUGGAUCUGCAAUAUGCGAGGAAGGAGAGCCGCAACAUUGACGUGGCUGUGCUAGAAGAACAAGUCCAUCAGAUGCUCCGGGAAUGGAAAGCUGAGCUUAAUGAGCCCUCACCUGCAUCUUCUUUGCAACAAGAUGGUACUCUUGGGUCUUUUUCAUCAGACAUUUAUCGGCUGUUGCAACUUUGUGAGGAGGAAGAUGAUGCCACUAGCACAUUAACUGCUCCAAAGCUGGAGCCCAAUGAUCAAAUUCUGCAGGUUGGAGAUGGUGCAGUCUUUCAUGAGGGAUAUGGUCUGAAUCAUGGGCAACAGCAGCAUCAUUUCCCUUUGGUUGAUCAAUGCAAAAACUCCCCUUCAGGAGUUCGUAGCAUGGGGAUUAGCAACUUGGAAGGGGCUACACAGUUGGACUAUAAUCAUUUUGAUUUGCAUCAAGACUUCGAACCGAACUUCUAUACUGGUUUUAAUGGCACAAAUUUCUGUGGGGAGGAUGCUAUACAUCAGAUUUCUGGCUAUCUUCCAAGUAUAUGCCCUCCACCUUCUGCUUUCUUGGGCCCAAAAUGUGCACUUUGGGAUUGUCCAAGGCCUGUUCAGGGUGUAGACUGGUGUCAGGAUUAUUGCAGCAGUUUUCAUGCUGCUUUAGCAUUGAGUGAGGGCCCACCUGGGAUGGGCCCAGUUCUACGACCUGGAGGCAUUGGCCUGAAAGAUGGUUUGCUUUUUGCUGCGCUUGGUGCCAAGGCACAAGGAAAAGAUGUUGGUAUUCCAGAAUGUGAAGGAGCUGCAACUUCGAAGUCUCCAUGGAAUGCUCCUGAGCUUUUUGAUCUUUCAGUUCUUGAUGGUGAAACAAUUAGGGAGUGGCUCUUCUUUGAUAAGCCUCGAAGAGCGUUUGAGAGUGGAAACAGAAAGCAGAGGUCAUUGCCAGAUUACAGUGGGCGUGGUUGGCAUGAAUCAAGAAAGCAAGUGAUGAAUGAAUUUGGGGGGUUGAAGAGAUCCUACUACAUGGAUCCACAACCACUGAAUCAUUUUGAGUGGCACCUUUAUGAGUAUGAGAUCAAUAAGUGUGAUGCUUGUGCCUUGUAUAGAUUGGAAUUGAAGCUUGUUGAUGGAAAGAAAAAUUCUAAGGGGAAAAUAUCUAAUGAUUCAGUUGCUGAUCUACAGAAGCAGAUGGGAAGGCUCACUGCUGAAUUUCCCACAGAUAACAAGCGCAUAGUUAAAGGGCGGGCCAAAGUGAAUGCAAAGGUUGGUGUUGGUGGAAAUGUUUAUCCUGCUCCAAAUGUCACCCCACCAACAAAUGAGAAGUUUGAUUAUGGGGUGAAUGGGCAGUAUGAUUAUCUUGUUGAAAAUUUGAGCGAAUAUUACUUGACUUAAUUGAAUAAACAUGAAUGGAGGAUUGGAGGAAGACACAGGAAAUCUUAUUAGUCUAGUAAUGUUAGCUGAAGAAUAUCAUGAAUAGUAGUGAUGGUUUAAGUACUUUUCUUCUGCAGGUUUUUGGUCAUGAAUAACAUAAGGUCAAGCUUUCCUUUUGGCCAAAUGGAGCUUGUCUAUAGUUCAUUAUUACACGAAAGUGCUGCACUAGACUGUCCUGGAUACUGGAGCAUAUAAUUCUCACUGUUGGUUUACGGGAAGGCGGGAAAAAUGGCUGUUUUUUCUCAGUCCAUUUUGAUAACUGAUAAAGGAAAAUGGUGAACACUUUGAAAACAAUUUAGUGUCACCAUAAUAGGAUAGGGUUGGAUGCACACUGUUGCUAUAAUAUUUUACUGACAUUUUUGCUGGUUUUAUUAGUUUAUGCUGCUCAUGGAAAAUACUUCUGAAUAUGUGUACCUUUUUGUUACUGGGAGUAUAUUAUCAUCUAUUUAGGUGGCCGAGAUCUAUUGCAUCAGAACUUGUAAAUGAAUGUUAACGUUCAGCUUAACAGAUCUUGCUUUAAGUA